UGUCAGUACAUCAGCAAAAAUGCAGUGAAUGAUCUCGUGCUACUGCAGUUGACGGUGGGCGUGGCCAAGGGCGAGGACGCCUGGGAGCUGCGUGCUGGUGUCACAAGAGCAGCCAGCCAGCGCACUGCAAGCAAAACACCCAACCAGCCUGACCCCGCUCGCGUUUCCUCAGCAUGCCGUCAACGUUUGCGGACCCUCACCCUGACUUUACGGGGGGCUUCUUCUUAUUUUAGGGAUUGACAAGCAUGGUCACCCGCUCCAUUGCCCGGGGAAAUCUGUGAGCGGGUCAUCUGAAGCAAAAAUGGGAAGGAUUUACGCGAUGAAUAUGAUUUUGAUGACAGUACUGCUUGGACUGGCGAGGACCUCGGCCAAGGAGGAAAAGUGCUUGUCGGGCCAGUACACCACGGAUGGGAAAUGCUGUAAACAGUGUCCGCCAGGCGAAGGGGUGGUCAAGCCGUGCGGAGCCACGCAGCCCGUCUGCGCACCCUGCCUGGACAGUGAAACCUUUUCGGAAAACUUUAGCCACACCGAACGAUGUCAACCGUGCACCAAGUGCACGGGCCUCUUCCGCAUGGAGACGCCGUGUACGGACUCCAACGACGCCAUCUGCGUGUGCAACUACGGUUUCUACCUUAACGAGCUUUCGCAGAGGUGCGAGCCGUGCACCAAGUGCCCCGUCGGGCAGGGCAUGCUGCUCAGCUGCGAGCCCCACCACGACACGAUGUGCGAGGAGUGCGGCGGCGACACCUACUCGGACCAGGAGAGCUCGCGGGAGCCCUGCAUCCCCUGCACAACCUGCGAGGAGGGUGAAGAGCUGCUGCUGCAGGCCUGCACUGCCGUCACAGAUACCGUUUGUCAGGAGCAAUACCCAUCCAUCUCACCCACGCCGUUCACCGCCGCCUCCACGCCCACCUACGACGACUUCCCCGUGGGCAGCCCCCCGUCCGACGGCCCCACGGACGACGACAUCGGUAGCUCCACCACCGUGGCUGACGUCGACUCGCACGAGCGCAUCUACCACAACCUGAACGACAAGCUGAUCCCUGUUUACUGCUCCGUCCUGGCGGCCAUCGUAGUCGGCCUCGUGGCCUUCGUCGUAUUCAAGAGGUGGAACAGCUGCAAGCAGAACAAGCAGCAGGCCAACAACUGCACGUCCAACCCGAACCAGACGCCGUCGCCCGAAGGCGAGAAGCUACACAGCGACAGCGGGAUCUCUGUGGACAGCCAGAGUCUGCAAGAGCAGUUGGGACAGAACCAAACGCACACAGUGGUGACCCUAGACGAGGACCCCUGCCUACUGCUUCCCCUCCACACCCGCGACAAAGUGGAGCAACUGCUGUUCAACGGUGCCGACGAGGGCGAGACGGAGGACGACUGGCGCAACCUGGCGGGCCUGCUGGGCUACGAGGAGGAGCGCAUCGCCGCUUUCCGCCGGGACGAGCACCCGGUUCGUGCGCUCCUCUCCGACUGGGCGGCCAAGGACUGCGCUAGCGUGGACGCGCUGCGCACGGCCUUAAGAAAAAUCAACCGCAACGACAUCGCCCAGAGCUUGGCGCUAGCUCCCGCUGCCCCGAAACCUACCGCCACCUCAGUUGUGUAACGGAAGCUUGCCUUUUUGCCCCCCUAUUUUUUUUCCCGGAAUGUGGUUUCAGAUUCACAAUCUUACCAAUUUUGCGGAUGAAAACCCGUCUCCCCAGUGUUACAAAUCGCCGCUAUCAUACCAAAGAGGUGUUAAGGACUCCAGACUACCAAUGAGAAGCACCAUUAUUUACAUUUUUCACCUCUUGAACUGGCAGAUGAGGCCUCUGUUCUUUUGAACAGGAUAUCUGGAUUCUUGCAAGCGCUCAAGGCAGGAAUCUUUGACUUCACACACCCCUAGACACGGAUCAUCGACUGUCAAAUCGCACACAUAAUAUAGUCAUGCAUGGAUUUAGCAUAGAAAACACACGGACAUUAACCUACAUGACACAAAGGUUGAUUUGUAGAAAGCGCCUACCUUUUACGGUCUCUAGAAAACAUUAUUAGGGACCUUAUCAUGUGUAAAUUAGUCGACAAUAUAAGAAGAUAGCAUGUCCAGAAAGUAUACUAUACACACGAGUAAGCUACAAAAACUACAAACUCGCAUGCAGGCAGUAGAAAAAGCUGAACAACAAACAAUCAAUGUUCUCCUCUCUCAGGGAUCGGCCGCCGAUCGCCAACAAAACAAUCGUUUCCUUAAAAUGGUUUCUUCUGAGUCAUUGGCUGCCGUUGACGGCGAUAGAUGUCCAAUUAAAUUGGACUGGGAGUGGCUGCCGGUGAUGAAUUAAUGCGUCGAAUGUAUGCUUUUAAGGCCUGACUAGGUUUAUCGUUUUUGGGGGGCUUUUCUGAAGUUUAGCAGAAUAAAAUUCUGAUAAUCGAUGGAUUAAAGAAGAUAUAGAGGGAAAAAAUACAAACAGGAAAGUUGAAUUGAAUGUUUGUUUGAAUCUGUCUUAAAUUAUAACGUGUUUAAGCAAGACAAGCGAUAAAAAAAAAUGUCUUAAAACUCCCAAAUUUACGAUUUUUUUUAGAACUAUUUUUGUCUCGCUUUCGUUUGACACCCCAAAAAUGACCGUUCACCCCGUUUUUUUUUUUUUUUUCAAAAUGCUACUUGUCUCACAAUUUUUGUCCAAAUCAUAUCAUGUAUAUAUCAAACAAUUCAGGAUCUCGACAGUUUUUGCUAAAAACGUACAGUUCGACCAAAAUUUGCCAAAAACGUACCCAUUCAUUUCUAAUGGGCACAAAAUUUCCCACUGAUUUCCAACUCGCCUUUCAUUUGUAUAGCACAAAAACGUCCAUUCAGUCCUAUUAAUUUCCAACCCUAGUGGCCCGAUAUCAACAGAAAGCGACUCGGAAAUCCCCAAAAUGGUAAAAUAUUCACAGGAAGUCCGGGAUACAUCAAAACAGGAAUAUGGAAACCAUCACAGCAAAGCUACCAUCGCAAUUUGCCCAGAAAUUGCAUUUUAUAAUUAAAAAAGAUAUAUAUAUAUAUAUACUGGAC